AUGACACACUUCUCUUGGACCCUCGUAAUCCGAUUGGUCAUUUUCGGCACACAGGUUUUUCGUCACAUAGGGACAGACUUUAGGAGAAGAUUGACCCACGGCAUUGCUGACAAGAGCUGGUACUAUUCAGGUGAUUUUCAUGCAACGCCCUUUAACACUGGUACUGUACUACAAAGUUUCGGAGAUUUCCAUCGAAGUGACUGGCAAACCAACGUCCAAAUGCCAGUCAUCAAAGGGAAACAAAUGGAGGAUUACGAGAUCUUGCUUAUUGCAGAUAUAAACAAAUACCAAUCCAGGUUCGUGCUUCGCUAUGCAACAUCAACCCUAUGCGACGCCCAGGCUCUAAAUAUAUCGAGCAACAUAGUGGUGGCUAUCAGGACUUUGGCCAAGUCAUCUGGAAAGACAAUCAAAGACAUUUCUCUCAUCAGUGAGAAGAAUUGGAAAGAUAUUGGGUCAUGGAAUGCUAUGAUCAAGCCAGCAAUCCAAGAUUGCGUGCAUCAUAUCGUUGAGAGGCAAGCAGCGCUCAGAGGUAAUGGAGUUGCCGUAGCCGCAAGCGAUGGAUCCCUUACAUACAAGGAACUGAACCACCUCGCGACAAUUCUAGGCGUCUACUUAAAUAAGCUCGGAUGUGAGCGUGGGACGUUUGUUCCACUUUGUCUAGAUAAAUCGCUUUGGGCUAUCGUUGCUAUGGUUGGUAUUCUCAAAUCAGGCGCAGCCUGCGUUCCCAUGGAUCCAACACAUCCAACCGAUCGCCUUGCUCAGAUUAUUCGAGAAACAAAAGCUAACGUUGUGAUUGUGUCAAACCGAUAUAAAUCAAGAUUUAGUGUCAGGAACUCAAUUGUGCUAGCAAUGCCCUUCUUCCAGGAAUUGGGGACACAAGGUCCAUACGCAACGGGUGAACAUGUAUCAGUCCAGCCGCACGACACCGCGUUUCUGAUGUUCACCUCGGGAAGCGUAGCGAAGCCGAAGGGCGUUAUUUUAGAGCAUGCCGCUAUCUACUCGAGCCUAGAGGAUCUUGUCGAAGUAAUGAAUAUCACUUCCAGCACACGGUCACUUCAAUUCGCCAGUUUCACAUUCAACGUCAGUCUCGCUGACAUUUUCGCGCCUAUGUUGCGUGGGGCUUGUGUCUGCAUUCCUUCAGAACAUCACAGACUCAACAAUCUACCAGAGUUUAUCCGACAUUUUAAUGUCUCAGACGCAUGGUUUACAUCGACUACGUUGGCUCAGCUGAGUCCUACAGAUGUGCCUGGUCUGAAACGCGUAACAAUUGGUGGUGAAAGUAUCACUCGCGACCAACUAGCUGUUUGGGCGCCAGAGACUGACUUGAAUAUCACUUAUGGUACCACUGAAACUGCUGCUUGGUGCCUUUUCCACCCCUCGCUCUCUCCAGAUUCUGAUCCUUAUAAUUUGGGAUACGCUGCUGGCGGAGCUGUCUGGAUAACUGACCCAUCCGACCCUGAAGAACUGGCGCCUGUUGGUUCGGUGGGCGAGGUAUUGAUCGAAGGCCCAGCGCUAGCCCGAGGGUAUUUGAAUGAUCCUGAAAAAACAGCAGAAUCGUUUUUAAACGCCCCAGAAUGGCUGAGGCGCCUUAGGCCAGGUGGGCAGCGACGAGUGUACCGAACGAGGGAUCUGGCCCGAUACAAUUCAAACGGAUCUAUCGAAUUUGUCGGGCGAGAAGCAACCCGGGCGAAGCUAAGAGGGCACAGGAUUGAGGUUGGGGAGGUGGAGAUGCACAUCAAGCAACUGUCUCGCUCCUUUAAAGAUGUAGUUGCUGAAGUGGUGGUUCCAGCAACGAGCCACAGUGGUGGGCUGGUGUCAAAUCCAAUCCUGGUGGUUUUUAUCUGGUCUGGAACCGGAGCAGCGCCGAAGGAGGCAUCUCAGGCUGCAUUUCCUAAUCUCUUUGCGCCAACAACAGAAGCAUUUCAAUCCGAUGCAGCCCACACACUGGCACGACUUCGCGACAUUUUACCUGGUUAUAUGGUACCUACGACAGCCAUACCACUUAACUUUAUUCCUUUGACGACUUCAGGAAAAACAAACAGGCGUCAGCUACGAGAGCAGGCUUCGGCACUAUCUCGAGAACAGCUGAAUGCUUUUCUCUCCCCAGAAUCCAUAGUGCGACCGCCGACAAAAAAAAGGGAAUUAGUAAUGCGUAAGCUAUGGGCAGAACUUCUUGGGAUUCCCGAACUGCACAUUGGAGUAGACAGCAAUUUCUUUGCUCUAGGAGGUGACUCAAUCGCAGCCAUGAAACUGGUCUCAAUGGCCCGAAAGCAGUCGUUAACAAUUUCUGUGAUGAAUAUCUUCGAAAAGCAACAUCUCUUCGAGAUAUCUGAGUCAGCAACGCCUAUCUCUGAAUUCCAUGGCGAAUCCGCAGAGCCAUUCAGUCUCCUGGGAAAUUUUGAGGACAAAGAGAAGAUAAUUCUGGAGGCUGCACAUCAAUGCGCAAUCCAAAUUGAUGCCAUAGAGGACAUGUAUCCGUGUACAGCCUUACAAGAGGGACUCAUGGCUUUAACUUUGAAAAAGCCAGGUGCUUAUAUGGUACAAGUGUCAUACGAGCUCCCCCCCGAUCUUGAUAUUGCCAAAUUUCAACGCGCCUGGAUAAGGACGGCAGCCAGACUCCCGAUAUUGAGGACAAGAAUCAUUCUCACAGAUUGUCACGAAAUGUUCCAGGCUGUGGUCCGGCAGAACCUAGAGUGUAACUCGGAGAAUGAUCUGGAUCGUUACCUGGAAGCGGAUGGCCAGAGGCCUAUGCAUCUUGGUAGUCCUCUUGUGCGGCUCGCUUUGGUGGAGACAGACUAUAACGAUGGGGCGCCGCCAGAGAAUAAAAACUUCAACAUGUUCAUGAAAUACGUUUACGAGAUGGAUAAAUCUGCAUGCGACAGAUUCUGGACAUCAAGUUUCACAGACCUGAAUGCGCAGAAUUUUCCAGAAGCAGCUACGAAAGGCUAUAUUGCUGCCCCGGACACAGUGAUUCAGCAUCGUAUACCGCUCAAAACCACGCAAAGAAGCAAUAUCACACUAUCUACCAUGCUAAGACUAGCUUGGGCAAUUGUCAUAGCAGAUCAAACUCAAUCGGACGAUGUUGUUUUCGGCACAACGGUAACUGGACGCCAAGGCGCCGUCGCUGACAUUGAGAAAAUCAUCGGUCCUACAAUCGCAACGGUGCCUCUCCGUAUAAAAUUGGACAUGCAGAAAACAGUGCAAGAUCUCUUGCAAGCUCUACAAGAAUACACUACUUCUAUGAUUCCAUUCGAGCAAAGAGGUCUGCAAAACAUAAGCAAACUGGGUCUUGAUUCUUCCGCGGCUUGCAGAUUUCAAAAUCUAUUAGUUAUCCAGCCGUCUCCGCAACAUAUGGACACUGAGAUCUUCAAGAGGGAAUGGAGUAACUCCGGUACAAGCGCGGGCUUCUAUGACUACCCAUUGACAUUGUCCUGCCAAAUUUACGACAAGCAAAUUGAAAUUCGUGCAAUCUUCGACGCCCACCUGUUGCCAGAAGCGCGCGCGCAGCGUAUUUUGGAACAGUUCUCCUAUAUCCUCCAAAACAUUCGUGAUAUGCCUCAAAAGCAGCUCAAAGAAUUGGACCUGAUAUGUCCCCAAGAAGAACUCCAGCUGAUGUUAUGGAAUGGAAGCUUGCCAGAUAAAGUGGAUUGUUGUGCUCACGAUCUCAUUCUUGAAAAUUGCCGUACUAAUCCGACUGCUGAGGCUGUUUGCUCAUGGGAUGGUACUUUCACAUAUCAAGAAUUAGACGAGCUCUCUUCUGCUGUGGCAGCACAUCUAGUUACCCAAGGCCUUCAGCCCGAGACUUUCGUUUGUCUGUGCUUCAAUAAGUCCAAAUGGACCACAGUUGGGAUACUCGCAGUUAUGAAAGCUGGAGGAGCUUUUGUAUUACUGGAACCGUCAUUCCCGCUUCGAAGAUUAGAGCAAAUUUGUAGUAACACUGGGUCGAGAAUCAUCCUAUCAUCGGCUGAACAUGCGUUGUUGAGCGCAAGUUUGGCACCUACAGUCAUCGUCCUUGAUGACGGCACAGAACAGUGGAACAAACCUUACAACACAUUUGAAGGACCUCGAAUCAACCCUAAAAAUGCUCUUUAUGCUAUCUAUACUUCAGGGUCAACAGGAAAACCAAAAGGAGUCGUUAUUGAGCAUGCGUCAUUCUGUACAGCAGCGAAAGCGCAGCUUAAAGCGUGGGGGAUGGAUCAGCAAUCCAGAGUCAUCCAAUUCUCAUCAUAUGCCUUUGAUGCAAGCGUUAUGGAGCAUCUGAGCACCCUAGUUGCUGGUGGCUGUGUUUGCGUCAUAUCCGAGAUGGAUCGUAGGGACAACUUGGGAGAGGCAUCAAGUCAAUUACGAGCAAACUGGGCAUGUUUUACUCCAUUCUUUGCAAGACACCUGAUACCAGAACAUUUUCCAACGCUCAGGACAAUAUUACUGGCUGGGGAAACAGUUUCAGAGGCUGAAAUAGAGCUGUGGGCGGAUUACGUACAGUUGAAGCAGACAUACGGUCCAGCUGAAUGUUCACUCGCCGCUGUAAACCAACCGCAAAUCAACACCAAAUCCGAUCCUCGCAACGUUGGAUACCCCGGGGGGUGUUCUUGUUGGGUGGUUGAUCAGGAAGAUCAUCAAAAACUCGUUCCAAUUAUGUGCGUCGGCGAGCUUGUGAUUGAGGGCCCAAUAGUCGGACGAGGAUACCUUGGAGAGGAAGAACAAACCAGAGCAGCAUUUAUCCAGCCUCCUAAUUGGAUCAAAAGAUUUCGACAACGAAAUCCCACUGGUCCAUUCUACAAAACUGGAGACUUGGUUCAGUUUCAGUAUGAUGGGACAGUGAGGUACAUUGGACGGAAAGAUACGCAGGUGAAACUUCACGGUCAACGCAUUGAACUGGGAGAAGUUGAAUAUCAUGCGGCACAGUAUUUAGGAAAAGCAGAAGUUGUUGCGGAAAUUGUAAAAUUCCGGAAUACGGCUAGAUCUGCCCUGGCUGUUUUCGUGAAGUACGCAGACAAGGCACAAGAGAGGGUCACAGAUCUCCCAAGUCUCGAAUUUAUUGUGAGCAUGACCGAGGACAUGCGAUCGCAGUCAAUUGAUCUUGUGAUUGGACUCCGCAACUCAUUGCCUAAGUACAUGAUCCCGAAAUUUGUUUUCCCUAUCGCUCACGUCCCAUUGACAGCAACUGGCAAGAUAGACCGAAAACGAUUACGAGAGCAAGUGUCUCUGCUACCCGAAGACAUAGCCAGCAACUAUACAAUGUCAACCAGCAAGAAACAAAAACCAUUGACCUUUAUGGAGAGAAACAUCAUGAAUCUUUUUUCACAGGUUCUGAAAAUAGACAUGGAUUGCAUAGGUGUAGACGAAAGCUUCUUGGAUUUGGGGGGAGAUUCAAUCCUUGCACUGGCCCUUGUUGAAGAAGCUCGCAAGAAGAAUUGGACCUUUACCGUGUCCCAGGUCCUCACCGAUGAUAUUUCAACCCUGGCAGCAGCAGAAGAUCUUUUGCUUUAA